UCAAUAUCGGGCGGUGAAUUCCGUGUGAUCCACUUGGUUUGGUGUAUCCCACUAAUACCUGGCAUUCCACCAUCGUUCGGUGUUUAUGGGCGGUUGCCCGUGAAUGGGUUAUACGUUAGCAGCAAAUACCAGCAGCUGUCUCCCGCGCAACAGGAACAACCGUGAAGGUGCCGUUGGUUGCAUCGCCCGUCGAAUAGCGCAUCAUCAUCAUCGUUGCUUCGCGUUGGCGCAUUAUCAUCACUAAAACCAGUCUGUCGUCCUUCGGCAGUGUGUCUUCGGUGAUUGUUGGUUGCUAGAUGAGGAAAGAGACUGCUGCAUCAAAACGCUAGAUAUCUAGACUGUGCCGACUUUGAACCCAGCCAGGCACAUUUCAGUUCUCCGGUUAACAGGCGCGUGGAGUGCGUGCAUAAAAGUGCCGUGUAGUGGAAAGUGCUGUAAGUGUUGCAGAAUUCACACGGUAGUUAAAAAAACAGAAAUUGAUGACAUAAAUCCUCAGCCAGCUUGCCAGCUUCUCAUCAUCAAAUCGAUCUGUGUGUUAUUUGAUGUGAUUGCUUUGAUUUAAGAUUAAAUGUUAGCAGCAAUCUGCAGUAAGUCGAGCAAAGUGUGUCCAGUGUGUUCGUUCCAAAGUGCGCCAAGUGUGGUAUUUGUCAGCAGAUAAGGAAAACCCGUCAAACCUCUCAAUCUGCUGGAACCUGAUUGCCCGGUUUUGCCCACGGUAGAAAAUUCCCUAUUCUCAGCCAGAACUAGGUCAUCGGCCGUAUCCUGCUUCUGGGAGUUGGGUAAAGCACGGUCCAAGCGGUGGCAGCGCAUAUUAUGUUAACCUGGGCACACAGCUGUUAGCAAAGCGGGAACGGCAGAGUAUAACCAGUGCAAAGCUGGAAAGAUAGUCAAAGUGCCCAGCAAGGACAUCACACAGGCGACGACGAACGCCAUCCCCGGUCGAAGGACACAUACUCUCGAUAUCGUCCACCUGCCUGCACACGCUACAAAGCUGGAGAAUGCCGCUAGCCAACUCGAUCGACCCAUGGAGAGAGAAAGUCCCAAUCAGUAUCGUCGGUAUCGAGCGCACGGAGUGUCUAACUCGAUUUCAGGGCUCCGGAUAGUUUCUUCUUCGUCUCAGGACAAUGUAGAGAUGGUUAUCGACGAUAGCUAUGAUCCGCAGCAGCACUCGGGUCAUGACCACCGCCACGCCCAGCAUCAAGAGCAGCAGCAACACCAUCAGACGGUGCUAGCACAUCAACAUCAGUAUCAUCCACAUCAGCACCAUCCUCAGCCGCAUCAGUACAGCCGGCCGCAACAGCACCCGGUACCAGCCGCCGGUAUGGUGACCUAUCUGCCGCAACAUCCUGCAGCCGAUCAGCAGGAGCUGAUGGUAGAUGGAGCUGUCGCUGUUGACGGUACCUAUCGCUAUCAUCAGCGCGAUUCGCCUGAAGCCGGGCUGGUGGUUGGCGCGGAAGAAGCAAUGGAUCUGGAUAUGAUGGUGGGGGGUGGUGUUGAUGGUGGCGGCGUCGGUGAUCUGUCGCAGUUAAGAGGCCACGACGCCACGUAUGCCGGUACCGGUAGUGGGGGCAACGGUAGUGACGAGCACGAGAUAGAUAUCCGGGAUAUCAUACGGGAAGGACACGAAAAAGCCGAUCCGUCCCAGUUCGAGCUGCUUAAGGUGCUCGGCGAAGGAUCCUUUGGGAAGGUGUUCUUGGUGCGAAAGAUUGUCGGGAUCGAUGCCGGCGCAUUGUAUGCCAUGAAAGUAUUAAAGAAGGCAACGCUGAAGGUUAAAGAUCGCGUGCGGAGUACGAACGAGCGGAACAUUCUGGCCGACGUUGGUCAUGCAUUUAUCGUUAAGCUACACUAUGCCUUCCAGACGCCCGGCAAGCUGUACCUUAUACUGGACUUUUUACGCGGCGGUGAUUUAUUUACCCGCCUGAGCAAAGAAGUGAUGUUCACCGAGGAGGAUGUUAAGUUUUACUUGGCGGAACUGGCUUUGGCGCUUAAUCACCUGCACAGUAUCGGCAUCAUUUAUCGCGAUCUAAAGCCGGAAAACAUACUUCUAGAUCAGGAUGGCCAUAUAGCUUUAACGGAUUUUGGACUCUCGAAACAACCGCUGGAUGGGUCCAAAACGUACAGCUUCUGCGGGACGGUUGAAUACAUGGCACCGGAGGUUGUCAAUCGCAAAGGUCAUACCUUUGCUGCGGAUUGGUGGUCUUUCGGCGUGCUUAUGUUCGAGAUGCUGACGGGAAAUUUGCCAUUCCACGGUAGCAACCGUAACGACACAAUGAAUCAGAUCCUCAAAACGAAGCUCGGUAUGCCAGAAAACUUGAGCCCGGAGGCGCAAAGUUUGCUGCGUGCACUGUUCAAACGUAAUCCACAGAACCGGCUUGGUGCAGGCCCGAAUGGCAUCGAGGACAUCAAGCGGCACGAAUUUUUUGCCAACGUCGACUGGGAUGCAUUCGAGCGGAAGGAAGUCCGGCCACCGUUCAUACCGGCCGUUUCGAGGGACGAUGCUUUCUACUUUGAUCCCGAGUAUACGAACAAAUCUCCAAAAGACUCACCGGGUGGACCGGUCAGCGCAAGUGCAUACGAGAUCUUCCGUGGUUUCAGUUUUAUUGCACCGGGGCUGCUGGACGAACAGCCAAACUUUGCCAAUGGAAGCAACAUGGUGAUGCAACAGCAGCCCGCCUCUAGGUCACCAUUUUUAAACGAAAUCCCGGGCGUUAAGCCUGUCGCGUUCGGUGACGAAUAUAGUUUAAUGCAAGAACUUGGCCGAGGAACGUUCUCAAUCUGCCGGAUGUGUGAGCAUCGUACAACAAAGAAGCACUACGCAGUGAAGAUUAUUGAUAAAUCCUACCAUGACUGUCGCGAAGAAGUCGAGAUACUGCUUCGGUACGGUAACCAUCCGAACAUCGUGACGCUGUACGGAGUGCACGAAGAUGCAAGCUAUGUGUACCUGGUGAUGGAAUUGCUGAAGGGGGGCGAGCUGCUGGAUCGCAUUCUAGCGAUUCAUUUUAUGCCAGAGCAGGAGGCCAGUGCCGUGUUGCGAACGGUCGUAUCGGCAGUCGCCUAUCUGCACGAACACGGUGUCGUUCAUCGGGAUCUAAAGCCAUCGAAUUUGUUAUAUGCUUCGGUGAAUCAUACGCCAGAAUCGUUGAAGCUGUGUGACCUUGGUUUCGCAAAGCAGCUGCGUGCCGAUAACGGCUUAUUGAUGACCCCAUGCUAUACGGCCAACUUCGUCGCACCAGAAGUGCUGAAGAAGCAGGGUUACGAUCUAGCUUGCGAUAUCUGGUCACUGGGCGUACUGUUGUACAUUAUGCUUGAUGGAAAGACACCGUUUGCCAGCACACCGAACGAUUCACCUGACAUGAUUCUAGCGCGCAUCGGUUCCGGAAAGGUGGACUUAGAGACGGGUAAAUGGCCAACGAUAUCGGAUGAAGUGAAGGAUCUGUUACGACAGAUGCUACACAUCGUACCAUCGAGGCGCCCAACUGCAGCCCAAAUCCUGAGGCAUCCCUGGUUGUCGCGAAGUGGACCACGCAUGAUGUACAAUACGGUGGGCACACAACAUGCGGGCGGUGAACGGCCAAUGGUUGUGGAACCGCAAGAGACAAAACCAACAAACGUAAACACGGAAGCCAUAAAAGGCGCGGUACAUGCGACUUUCCGAGCGAUAUCCUCACCACAAGCAGCCAACUUGGGCCCGGUCGGAAUGUCAGAUCUUGCACGCCGGAGGAUGGACAAGAUAAAUCAUUCAUAAUAUGGUCUCGAGGCAUCGUAGUGUUUCGUUUCUGCUUUCUACACUUCACGUAAGCAUCUGCAUCUGGGUAACGUUGGUAUAGAAUGGCCAUAUUUUGUUAAAUCUGUUAUGUUUUGUUUUGUAACUGUGUUAUAAGCUCACGGAGGAAGGAUGACUUUUGAAUAUUUUUAUUUAUAAACUAGUGCCAGUGACAUUUUUGUGCCAGAUGUAUAAUGUAAGCCCCUAGAUCUAUGCUUGCAGCACUAAACGUUAAACAUUAAGACGAGCAAGAUGAUUAAUUAAGGGCAACUUUUGGAAACAUUCUAGAACAACGUUUAAUUUGGUCACGUUUGAAUGGUAGACUGGUAGAGGGAAACAAUGUUAAAAGAAAAACCAAUCAUGCGAACAGAUAUACACUUUUAUAAAGUGCACUGUGGUGUAUUUAUUGAGGAUGUUCCGUAGCCCAUGCCUCAUGGACAGUAUGCCCACGGCCAUGCAACAUUAUACACCUCAGUAAGUUCCAGAUAAAUAAGGCUUUUAUAUUUUACUUACUGCACUUUUCGAUUUUCUUACAAUUUAAACUAUCACUCUCGGCAGUACUAACAAAUCUUCCGCACAUAACAAUCUCCAGCGGCUUUUUCUAUUGUUUUAUUGUACCAUAGGUAUCAUUUCAAUCUCGUUUAGUUCAGGUAUGUGAAAGCAAAUAAACAAACAGAGACUGUUCAUUUCAUACUACUAGAAAACCAACAUUUCAACAACCACUUCAAAGUUAUUAAACAAUACGUUCCACGAUACGCAAACGACGCAUAGUGAAAGAUAUGUGUAAAAGUGGAUUGUUUCUAACACAGCACCUAGCAUCAGGCGUAUAGUUCAAUUAUAGAAUCGUUUACACUACAAACCAUUGAAAUGGGCUGGUUAAACGAGCGGGCAGGGUAUAAACUAACUAACAAUAAAUUGAUCUACGUUAGGUACACCUAGUAAAAUCGACUAACAAUAAUAUACACAUACGCAUUAAUGCAUAUAUAUAUACUUAAAAAAACAUAUACAAUCAUAUACAUAUAUCGUCGCAGGACGGACGAGCACAGGGGGAUAGUUUGAGCCGAUUUGCUGGUGAAAGUGCAGCACCAGCCCGGAAGGGGAAGAAAACGAAAUCAUAUUUACAUUGUAUUGUGCCAUUGAGUGUAUGAAAGUGGAUGUGUAACGGAAUUUGUGGAAUGAAUUCACGACGGGGGAAAGCUUGAAGCUGCUGAAUAUAAAAUAAUCAUUGUGAUAACCUACGAUAAACGAACGACGGGAGUAAACAUCCUAAUAUUGGCAGGUCAGGCGAGCCUUGAUAGUGUAUUCUGGUCUAUACAUUGAACAGCGAAACAGCGUGCCACGAGUAGAUUUCAUCGGGCUCAAAUCAGUGGAUAUUGUACUGGCGGUGGGAACGCUCGUGUUCGGAUAGAGCAUCGCCCAUCGGUCCCGUAAUGAUGGGGACAGUGCUUUUGUCUAUGUACCGUUGCUACCUGAUGUGCUGUAUUGUCGAUGUGUGCGUUGUGCUACAAUUGUUGCUUCCAGUGUUUCAAGCAGUUUCAUUUUUCAACAUAUUCAACGUACAAUAAUGAUCAUGUAAGGUGCGCGAGGCAGAGAGAGAGAGAGAGAAAAUAAUAAUGUAUGCAGCAGUGUGUCUGUGUGCAUCAUUCGACUUAGUCAAUAAUUCAACAAAUUUGCAUUUUAAAAUGAUAGACGUCGUUGUUGAGUUAUACCGAGCACGGUUCUCUUUUCCCGCUCGAAACGUAUUAUUCGUCCUCGUAUGGAAAACAAUCUAAACAUAUUUGUCCACAGAGCUAGAAUGCUGUGCGAAUGCAUUAUCCUUCUCAUUUACUAACGUACUAAUGUGGCUCGAAUUGAAGGCUCGAAAAAUGUUCAAACUUAGUCUAAAAACACACACACAAAACAAAACGCAUCAUUGCUGCAAACAGUGAGAUAUUUAAGAAAACUAAUAAAUAUCUACCCUUGCCCCAACUCCAUCCCAUCCUGCGCAAACAUGCCACAAGCAGAAUCAGAAGUUUCUUAAAGCUGGCAGGAAAGACAUCUUAUCUUAAUAAUCUGAAUGGAGUUUAAAACGUGUAAAGAGAAACAGACUAAAUAUGAAAUAAAUUUGAACAUUCAUUGGAGUACGUCCUACACUAAACGAACACGAUAACUAAACAAAAAAAAAACAAACUACAUUCUCUCAUAUUAUGGAACGAAAAGAA